GGAAGCGGAGGAUGGGGAGCAGCGCGGCGCGUGGCACGGGCGCGCUCGAACUCGUGGGGAUGCCGAGCCACGGCCGUUCCUGUCGCGUCCCGAACACGCGGCGGCCGUGCGCUGGCUCGCGCGGACGCCUUAUAGCGUCGUCACUCUCUCCGUAGAGUGGGCUGGCCGCGUGCUCGCCCGUGCCGCGCCGCCGCGUUCCUGGGCCACCCCGCGCCUCCAGCAUCUUCCCCGUCGUCAUCGUCGCUCACUGCGGCGGACCGGUCGGCACUCUCUCUCCUUUCACGCCGCGACGUGAUCACGUGGCGUGACAGCCGGCGUCGCCUCUACGUUUCAUUCAUUUCGUGCCUCCGCCUGCGGUGCACCUGCCGCGUUACGCAACCGGGCGCAUGACACCGCCGAACCCGCUGUCGUCGGCGCAUCGCGUCCUGGCGAUGCUCUUGCUGCUGACAGUGCCGGCUUCUCUGGGGCAGAGGAGACAUGGAACUGUCGGCGAUUUGGACAAGUUGGACAAACUCUUGAGCAAAUAUGACAGAAGGGCGUUGCCAACGGGGCACAUGAGUGGACCCACUCAAGUCGCUUGCGAAAUCUACAUCAGGAGCUUCGGCUCUAUCAAUCCGGCAACAAUGGAUUACGAAGUGGACCUCUACCUGCGACAACGAUGGCAUGAUGACCGCUUUGAGAUGAGCGGCAUUAGUGGACCCCUCGACCUGAACGAUCCCAAACUGGUGCAACGUAUAUGGAAACCCGAAGUAUUUUUUGCCAAUGCAAAGCAUGCGGAGUUCCAGUACGUGACGGUGCCCAACGUCCUAGUACGCAUCAGUCCUACGGGGGACAUUCUCUACAUGCUCAGGUUGAAGCUGACUUUUUCUUGCAUGAUGGACCUUUACCGGUACCCCCUAGACGCACAAGUUUGCAGCAUUGAACUCGCUUCGUUUUCGAAGACGACGGACGAGCUACAGCUGCACUGGUCUAAGGCAUCGCCUGUGAUCCUCUAUGAAAACAUGAAGCUCCCACAAUUUGAAAUUCAAAACGUGAACACGUCCCUGUGCAAUGAGACAUUCCACAUUGGAGAGUACAGCUGCCUGAAAGCCGAGUUCAACCUACAGCGUUCUAUUGGCUACCACCUCGUCCAAUCGUAUCUGCCCACCAUUUUGAUCGUGGUCAUCUCUUGGGUCUCCUUCUGGCUCGACGUGGAAGCGAUUCCAGCCCGAAUCACAUUGGGAGUCACCACACUUCUUACCAUCUCAUCCAAGGGUGCCGGCAUACAAGGGAACCUACCGCCCGUCUCGUACGUCAAGGCAAUCGACGUCUGGAUGGGCGCCUGCACCAUGUUCGUGUUUGCCGCACUGCUUGAGUUCACCUUUGUCAACUACCUGUGGAGGAAGCGGCCCGCGACUGCCAAGUCACCACCUCCGGUGGUCGCAGCCAUGCCCGAGAGCAAAGUGGCUGUGCUCCUCCCAUGCAACGGAAACUUGGGGCCAUGCAGCCCCAUCACUGGUGGUACAGACAUCAGCCCUUCGCCCACAGGUCCUGAAGCUGUCAGAAACAGACACAAGGUUCAGGCCAAAAGAAUCGACCAAACCUGCAGGAUAGCAUUUCCCAUGGCUUUCCUGGCGUUUAGCGUCGCAUACUGGCCAUAUUAUCUUUUGUGAGACCGCGGUACCCCGAGCUGAUGUCAGGAAUGGAGAGGCGGUUACCACGAAGUCGGGGAGAGGGAUGGAAGAGUGUUUGUGGCUAUCACAAUCCUGUUGGUUCUGUGUAAGAACGCUUUUGUUUUGCACAGAAGUUCACUGCACCACAUUUUGCGCCUUCCUAGUGUAAUUAUUUGUUUCUGCACUUGUGUUCCCAUGUGCAUUCUGACUGAAUAUCACUCCAACCCUUUAGUGUGUAUAUGUCCCAAAGUGAAUUGGAUAUUUUCUCUUCGCAAUCCUCUUGAGGUCACCUCUAAUCAGUAAUCUAACACGUAGGAGAGCUUAAGGAUACGUUAGGCAGCACUGUUUUUGUGCUUUAAGUGGAUCUCAUCAUAUUCUGGUAGAGAAGAUAAACUUCAACAUUGAAGUAGUAUUUACAAGGCAGACUAACAUGUUUCUAGAAACAGUAUUUUUGCAGGAGGAAAGAUGCAAUGAUUAUACAGGGUGUUCAAAAUUAAGCUUUAUGGUUUUACAGAAAGUAGGCACUGGGAAGGGAAGGGGAAGCGUUAUCAUCUUCGCCUAUACCUCCGCCCUACUGUCAGACUAAACGCUGCACGCAACAGCCACGUCACAUCAGAGAAGAGCUUUGUGCCGAUCCUCUCUCUCUUGCAUGCGUAAUCAUGUAAAUGACAAUUAAAAUUUGGAGUCAGCUAUCUCGGAGCAAAGAUAUGCUGGAAGAAUUCUUCUAAGUGUAACUUUGUAGAAACAUUUCAAUGCCAACAUACACACUUACGGCAGUCAAUGAAACGUUAAUUACUCAAUUUUAUGUAAUUGAGCUGCUGACAACGAUAAUUAUCAUCUCACUUUGUGUCCCCCUGGCCACAUCACUUACUUGCACAGGUGGGCUUCGCGUAUCCCAAUGGCUAAAUUUAAGAAAACCAUAAAACUUAAUUUUGGACACCCGGUAUAUCAUGAUGCUUUCAAUGCUUUAAUGUUGUAUUAUAAAAAAAGAUAUACUAUCAACGACUCAGGCCGGAGAAAUAUGUUGAAAAAAAAUGUUUUAUUGUUUCCUUUCGUCAUCGCGUCCUUACGUUAAUUUGCCCUUUAUAGUUCCUGAGAGAAACGAAUUAGUGCACAAAGAAAAGUAUUUCAGCUUCCACAUCGCAAGGAAAACGGGCGUUGCCUCCUGUCUCUACAAGACAAUGAGAUGAUCGGGCUGCACGCUUUAUCGGGGUCCGCCAUUAUUAAACAUGGCGUCUGUUUUGAUAACCCGCACCCUCUUCCUACGCAUUUUUUUCUGUUAGAUGCACUGGUUUCAUUUAACCAAUCCUAGACCUAAAACCGUCUUCAAGCCCAGCAUAAACUCCGAUUGUGUGGACUCCCGCUCAGAUGUGGAGGAGCCGUUGACUUCCAGGACUCCGACCUAAGUACGGGCCUGCGUCAAACCGCGUCAGAAAGAUGAGCACAACAGCCCCUUAUUGCGUAACCCUGCCGACCACGUUCGCCAUCGUAAGAUGCCCUUAAAUGCGAAAUUCUUCCACGGUGGCGCUUUUGUACAUGUGGAAGACUUGCCUAAUAACUUCAGAAGUGUCGCCACUUACAAUACUAUACGUAUACUUCCGCCUUGAGAAUUUGGCGCAAGCACACUUCUAGUACCGUGAGGCGGAGUUAUCUCGGGAGGAAUUACGCAGGCAGCCAAUCACCAUAUACGCAACCCUGGACGGCAGGAUGUUAUGUGUGGUAGGAGACUGGACUAUAGAACGGUGGAGUCUGCGAGACAGGCGGGGAUACAGCGGCCUAGCGAAAACGUAGCCAUGCUUAUAGAGUACAUGGCCCGACUUCUGCGACACGCGGAUUCAUCUAUGUCGGAAACAAAAAUUCAAGCACUUUAUGCUCGGCGUAAAGAAAGAACUCUUCAGGGGCCUGAUACGAAACUUGCCCAAGAACCUCCCAUAGUACCUCGCAGAGGCCAUAUCAAAGGAAAAGGCGAUCUAGCAGUAGACUCCAGAUGUGACUUUGGACAACGCCGCUGUAAUGCGACUGCCUAUAAGGUUCUUUGUUCUGAAACAGGUUAAAUGCGCCCUCUAACUCCAGGCUCUGUACUGCGAACUUCGCCGGCUGGGGCCGUUCAUUAGAAGAUGGGGCAUGCUGCUCGAGCCUCAGAACAUUUCGGAGCGCCACUGUACAAGGCUCGGCAGCUGGCACUUCGAAUGGCCUAUCCAGAAGCUGCGCGAGGUUCUCCACACUAGACUUCCACAAUGUGCGCGCCCUUGAACAAGCGACUGUCAACUUCAGAGCCCGCGGCAAACCAAUCACAGCUGAAGUAUGUCAUCGCAAAACUGAUAUUUAUCGAACCUCAAAUGGAAAGACCACGUGUUUUCCCAGCGAUGUGGAACAUGAAAUUUAUGUGUUACAUAUUUGCUAGGUGGGAUAGCAAAAAUAUUGCAAAAAUAUUGGCGACACAGAAAGCAGUCGCAUAUCAAGCCCAUUAUAUGCGUCGACGGUGUAGCUUGUAAAGGGCAUUUGAAUGCUGGAGACGCCUGUUGAGAAUUGCAGCGAGAUUUAAUUUUCGCGGAGCUUAUACCAUUCUCAAAUGUGCUGACGCACAGCAGAAUCGUGGAUCCAGUUUUUUAACUUCCAUCGAAACAAAUUAGCGGUAGUUCACCGCGGCAGAACACUCACAAAUGUAGUUAUAAAAACCUCACAGUUUGAAUCAAUAAAUAUUUG